AUGAGCAAUAAAAGUAGCAAAGCGCAGCAGGCCAAAGUGGCCACAACCUACAACAUCAACAACAUGGUCCUAGGCAAAGUGCGCGGCUUUCCACCAUGGCCCGGCAUGGUUGUGGACCCAGACAACGUCCACCCCACUGUGGCUCUCGAAUGCCCCAGCAACAAAAAAGCCACGUUUUACUGCGUCAGGUUCUUCCCUUUGGGUGACCAUCCGGUUCGGUCCGGUUUUUUGAUGCCAAGGGGCGUUAACCGUAACCGUAACCGGUCUCCCUUUUCCUCAGAAGUCAAAAGACCAGACCAGACCGCAAAAAGACCGGUUUCGCUUCAAAACGAGCCCAAGAACGUUAAAUUCCGUUAG